GACGACACGUAAAGGCGUCAGAUGAUACUUUCUGUCCCUUGCUGGUUAAAUCAAAAUGGCUGCAACACAGGUAACAGCAAGCGAUUGUCCCAACGACGAGAUGCAAUUGAACGAAUCACAUAAAGGCGAAUCUGCAAGUUCUAAACUAAAGCGAACACUGCCGGGUACAGAUCAUGGAAAAACCGUCAACGUGGCCGUGUCGUCGAGAGCACUUUUCAAUCUUGAAGAAGAAAAUGAUUUGUUUGAAGCACAAGGUCUUGAAAAUUACAUCAAACUUCAAGUAGAAAGAGAAGACAAGCUUCUCAAGCCUGGCGCAGCAUUCCCAUUCAUCAAGGCGCUUGAAAAUGUCAAUGCCAAAUUGAAAGAACGAGAUCCACAUGAAAAAGAAAUUUUUGCCAUUGUUUUGAUGUCACACAACAAUGCACAAGUUGGAAUAAGACUGCAGAAGUCCAUCGACCACCAUGGUCUCAUUAUUACAAGGAUGGCAUUAACUGGUGGAACAAGUCCCGUUGAGUACCUUAAAGCUUUCAAUAUCACUCUCUUCUUAACAUCGUACGAAAAUGAAGUCACAGAUGCCAUCCGAAGAGGUACCAAUCUGUUAUAUAGUUUCCCGUCAGCGGUGAUGUCUCUUCAGCCAAUGAACUCGCCAAGCGAGACACAACUACGUAUCGCCUUUGACCUGGAUGCUGUGCUGUUUUCUGACGAGUCAGAACGAAUCUUUAAAGAACAGGGACUUGACGCAUUCUUGGAGCACGAAAUACAGGAAAGACAUAUUCCUCUAUCAGAGGGACCACUAAAACCGUUCGCCGAAGCCAUCGGGCGGAUGCAGAAGAAGUUUGACCGAUCCCAACAGGACUCUUGCCCAAUAAGAACAUACAUAGUGACGUCACGGGACGCAAUGGUUGGUCAGCGGGCUUUGCUGACAUUACGUCACUGGGGCUUGGAAAUCGACGAAUGUUUCUUUAUGGCUGGAGCACCAAAGGAUGGCGUCUUGAAGGCGAUAAAUCCACACAUUUUCUUUGACGAUCAAAUAUCCCACGUUCAUCGAGCACGCGAAAAGGGAACACCAUCCGGUCACGUGACUCAUGGGAUCACUCGCGAGUACGACGCGAAGAAGAGGGAAAGCGCGAAAAAAUCCCUCGGCUUUUAAUUUGCAUAUGUUGCCAUAGUAAGAGAAGUCCUGGCCAAACCUGCAACCAUUUUUAGGGGUAUGAUGAUAACGAACGGUCUUCACCUCUAUCAUGAAUCAAUUUUGUAAUUACAAAUAAUUCUAUUGAAUGGCAUUUAGCUUUAUAAGCUCUGUAUUUAUGAUGAGAAACCAAGUCUUAAUACGGGGAAAAUGGCUCCCUUCUUUUCCCGGUUGCUUUGGUCUUGUUCCUACUGUAUAUCGCAAAAUAUUUCAAUCUAUUCGAAUCACUAUUUUCAAUUAUUACCAUUUAUUAAGAAAAACUGAAAUAAAAAAAUACAACAAACAAAAAAAAAGGAAUUGUUUUUUCUAUAUUAAAGACUCACGAGCACCCAAGAACCUUUGCGCGAUUUUCUCACAUACGAAUAACCGCCAUCUUUGAUUUGAAUCAGGCAAAAAGAAAUAAAUUUCUGAACAUCAGAUCUUGAUGAUCACAACGAUAUUUAAAUUGAAGAUGAUAAGUUAUUACAAAAUGACAAAAUCACAGUUUGUGCAAAAAAUUAUAAUAAACAAUAUAAUAAGUAUUACAUAUUUGCAUUCAUGCACGCAGACUGUGAAACUAGUACAAAUUUCCGAAUGAAAUCAGAGUACAGAAUAUUAACUUUUAUGAGCAAAAUAGUUACGAAUAAGCUCUCGAAUGUGGUUGGGCAUAGCCUGAGUAUCAGGC